GAAAGGCCAAGGACAAAGAGUGAAGAAGGUAGUGGUAUGUAUAUAAUAGGUGGGAGUGGCGGGUUCUGAAGAAUCAAUCAAGUAUUAUCUUUCUUUUUCUUUUCUUUUUUUUCUCUUUAGAGCUGCAAAAACAGAUAGCCAGAAGAGAAAUGGGGGAUCUUUACGCCUUGGACUUCGAUGGAGUUCUAUGCGAUAGCUGUGGCGAAAGCUCUCUUUCCGCUGUCAAGGCUGCUAAAGUCAGAUGGCCCGGUUUGUUCGACGGUGUGGAUUCUGCUUUGGAGGAGUGGAUUGUUGACCAGAUGUUCAUUGUUCGACCUGUAGUGGAAACUGGAUACGAAAAUUUGCUACUUGUGAGGUUGCUUCUGGAGAUGAGAAUGCCUUCCAUUCGCAAGUCCUCGGUUGCAGAAGGACUAACAGUAGAGGGGAUACUGGAAAAUUGGUCCAAGCUAAAGCCUGUCAUUAUGGAAGAAUGGGGUGAGGAUAGGGAUUCUUUGAUACAUCUCUUUGGAAAAAUCAGGGAUGAAUGGAUGGAUAAGGACUUGGCAACAUGGAUUGCAGCUAACAGAUUCUACCCAGGUGUUCCUGAUGCUCUGAAAUUUGCCAGCUCCAGGAUAUAUAUUGUCACCACAAAGCAGAGCCGGUUUGCAGACGCUUUAUUACGAGAGCUCGCUGGACUAACAAUUCCACCAGAAAAAAUAUAUGGUUUGGGAACUGGUCCCAAGGUGAAAGUGCUGAAGCAACUUCAAGAGAAACCAGAAUACCAGGGGCUCACACUGCAUUUCGUAGAAGAUCGACUUGCAACCCUAAAGAAUGUCAUUAAAGAGCCUGAAUUGGAUGGAUGGAACUUGUACUUGGGGGAUUGGGGUUACAACACUCAGAAAGAGAGAGAAGAAGCUGCUAGCAUUCCCAGGAUUCGCCUGCUCCAGCUCUCUGACUUUAGUAAGAAGCUGAAAUAGUCCUUGAUUCACUUUAUAUGUAAGAUUAGCUAAUUCAUUUGCAUAUGCAAAUGGCACUAUUUUUGUCAUACAUUUGUUGGAGUUUGGGUAAUAUCUGUUAACCCGAAACUACUCCUUAAUUGAAAAUGCAUCUCAGUCGUAAUAAAUUGGCUACCCAUUCAUUUAAA